GUGAUGGAUGUUAGAUGUAAGAGGUUAGCAUUGAUGGAGGGUGGACGUCUGAACUGUUAGCGUAGGCUAACGAUCUGUGCGUGUUCGAUGUUCGAUUUAUAUUCGUGUCUGACCGGGAUGUCACAUUAUUAAGCACUAUUAUCGUUCCGGAACUCCCCCGAGAUUACGUCGCUGGUUACAUGAGCUGCCAGAAAUUCUCCUAAUGUUCCUUUCUCUAGCUGAAAGUGGACACCGUCUGAGGCAAAAUUCCAGGUUCCAACAUCAUGCGCUUUAACCGAGUUGCGAUGGAAGUAUGAACUUGAUGUCUGCUGCUCACCUGAUAUUUAUCCUUCAGUAUUCAAUAAGAAAUGCGCGCUGUAUGCAGUGCUACCAGUGUCGCUCGGACCGCGACGAGGGCUGCUACGAAGCGCCCGUCGACGACAAUUACCUGCUGAGCUGUCCAGACAACGACACGGGCGGCUCGCCCUUCUGCCGCAAGAUACACCAGAUACUGUAUUUCACGAAGAAUAGUGACGAGGCGUACGUGCGGGAGUGCGGAUACCUGCGGCACCCCGAGAAGGAGGCGUGCUUCCUGUCCCGGUUCCCACACACGGGCUACCAGCUCACCUGCGAGUGUGUCAACGACGCCUGCAACCGCGCCGAGGCUCGCCACCUGCCGACAUUUGCCGCAGCCGCCACGAUCACUGUCGUCAUCGCCAUAGCCAUCUAGAUCCAGCGGCCUACUGCCACUACCGUGCUGGCGCGAGCGAUAAUUGGGCACCAAGUAUUUUUUCAGAUGGAGAAACUUGCAUGAUUCCACACCUUUCACCGGAUUUGUAAGAUUCAUUCCUAUUCCUAUUAUUUAUUGUAUGUACACAAAAAUAAUGCUUCGAACUGAACGCUUCACAUAAGGUGCGUCUGAAAGAUCCGAAAAGAUUUUAUGGAAAACGAGGGGAGAAAUGGGAACGAAGCAGCACGUUAUGGUCUACACAGGCAUAUUUUAUUAGACUGAGUUUUAGAAGUCCCUGCAGCAAGUGCAUUGAUUAUGUGUCAAUUUUUAGACCUUUUCUGUAGUAUAGUAUUUUGUAUUUUAUUAUUUGUGGAUGUUA